UCGCCGCGCUAGGUAUCCGCCGCCUUUCGACUCCGCGGCAUCGGGUUCCCAGGGCUCUUGGUGGCGCCGGAGUCGCACACCCGGGGCGCCCGCUGGCCGCUGGCGGCGGCGGUGGCCCCCUGAGCGGGCCCGAACGGGGAGCGGGGAGCGGGCGGGCGCCGCGGCCCAGGCCCAGGGUCGGCGGGCGGAGUCCGGCUCGCGGCCUCUUUGUCUCGGCAGCGGCGGGCGCGUCCGCGGGGCCCGGGGCGGAAGUCCCGCCGCGCUCCUGGCGCCCCGGCCGCAGAGGUGGCACCAUGAGCGACAUCCGCCACUCGCUCUUGCGCCGCGACGCGCUCAGCGCCGCCAAGGAGGUGCUGUACCACCUGGACAUCUACUUCAGCAGCCAGCUGCAGAGCGCGCCGCUGCCCAUCGUGGACAAGGGCCCUGUGGAGCUGCUCGAGGAGUUCGUGUUCCAGGUGCCCAAGGAGCGCGGCGCGCAGCCCAAGAGAUUGAAUUCACUUCAGGAGCUCCAACUUCUUGAAAUCAUGUGCAGUUAUUUCCAGGAGCAAACCAAGGACUCUGUCCGGCAGAUUAUUUUCUCAUCGCUUUUCAGCCCCCAAGGGAACAAAGCCGAUGACAGCCGAAUGAGCUUGUUGGGAAAGCUGGUCUCCAUGGCAGUGGCUGUGUGUCGAAUCCCAGUGUUGGAGUGUGCAGCCUCCUGGCUCCAGCGGACGCCUGUGGUCUACUGUGUGCGGUUAGCCAGGGCCCUCGUGGAUGACUACUGCUGUCUGGUGCCGGGAUCCGUUCAGACGCUGAAGCAGAUAUUCAGUGCCAGCCCUCGCUUCUGCUGCCAGUUCGUAACCUCAGUCACUGCGCUGUAUGACCUGUCGUCAGACGAUCUCAUCCCACCGCUGGACUUGCUUGAGAUGAUUGUCAACUGGAUUUGUGAGGACCCGAGGUUGAUUCUCAUCACUUUUUUAAAUACUCCAAUCGCAGCCAAUCUCCCAAUAGGAUUUUUAGAGCUCACCCCGCUCACUGGAUUGAUCCGCUGGUGUGUGAAGGCCCCUCUGGCUUACAAAAGGAAGAAGAAACCCCCCUUAGCCAAUGGCCACGUCACUGCCAAAGUCACCAAGGACUCGGCGGGGCUGGACAGAGACUCCCACCUCUUGUACUCAAAGCUCCACCUCAGCGUCCUGCAGGUCCUCAUGAUGCUCCAGGGGCACUUGACUGAGAAGAACCUGUACGGCCGCCUGGGGCUCAUCCUCUUUGACCACAUGGUCCCGCUGGUGGAGGAGAUCAACAGACUGGCGGAUGAACUGAACCCCCUCAACGCCUCCCAGGAGAUCGAGCUCUCCCUGGACCGGCUGGCCCAGGCUCUGCAGGUGGCCAUGGCCUCUGGCGCCCUGCUGUGCACGAGAGAUGACCUGAGAACCCUGUGCUCCCGGCUGCCCCAUAAUAACCUUCUCCAGCUGGUGAUCUCGGGCCCCGUGCCGCAGUCGCCGCACGCGGCGCUCCCUCCCGGGUUCUACCCUCACAUCCACACCCCCCCGCUGGGCUACGGGGCUGUGCCGGCCCACCCUGCCGCCCACCCUGCCCUGCCCACGCACCCCGGGCACACCUUCAUCUCAGGCAUGACCUUCCCGUUCAGGCCCAUCCGCUAGGCUGGCCCCCGUGAACUGCUCAGUGGCACCGUGCCUCCCAUGCCUGGUUGGAGGAAGCCUUCCCCGGAAAGGAUGACCGAUCCAUAGGAGAGGGCUCAGGGGGCAGCCAGGCGGCCCCUCCUCGCUGCAGAACCGCAGAACCGGGUCGGUGGUGCGGAAGUUCUGCGACGUCGCCGUCCAGGCACCUCCUACCUGUCUCAUUCGUAAAAGUCCAGAUGGGAUCGAUGAAAGGAAACGUCCAGCCCUCUGCGGAGCGAUGCGGGCAUCUGUAAAAGCUGCCAGGGCUGUGAGCCUGUGGUCUGGGGUGUCAUUUCAGACGCACAGCCUGAGCCUGUGCCGUCGGAGCGCUGGUGGAGGAGCGGCGCCUGCGAGUCCACGUGUCUGGCUUCCCUCCUUGUGUACGGGCUGCGUCCCGCCAGGAGCACAAGGCACUCCCACGGCUCCAGGAGCGCGAGGCUGAACCGUCGGCAUGGCGAGCUCUCACCCAGCACUUGGUCCCCACGGGUCAGGGGAACCUGUGAGCGUGGCCCCCAUCAGUGGGGAAAGGAACGUCUCUGUUUUAUUGGGGUCUCUAAGUUUUCCUUCCAUAUGUUCAAAUAAACUUUGUCUAAACAGUUUCAUAGA